AUGAGAAAAGAAUGUAUUUUAUUCAAAGGAUCAUCAAGAAACAAUCAGCAUUUAGCUGAACGAGCAGCUCACAUUAGACGCCAACGUCGACACUCUCAUGCAACUACUGGAUCAAUGGGGAAUGCUAUGAUGAUUGGUGCUCCGCUCGUUGCUAAUGGUUUGAUGUGGGGCCUACGACCUGCACCUCAAGGAAAUUUCGCAGGAGGAUUUAGUGAUGUUUUCGGUCAACUAGGUGGUACUAGUGGUUUAGGAGGUGUUGCAACUGGAUUUGGUGACAUAGGUUCUGAUAUAGGUGACAUUGGUUCAGAUUUGGGUGACAUGGGUUCUGAUAUCGGUGAUAUUGCAGGUGAUUUAUUUGAUAUCAUCGGUGAUAUGUUUUGA